AUGCAUCAGUUCUGCUUUCAAUUUUAAAAGCAACACUUUAAAAUAAAAUAAAUAGUGAAAACCAUGUCUCUGACUAUUACCCCAACUUCUGCGCAUCCUGAGCUCAAGGAUCUGAGCACCGUUCGCAACGAACAAAAGGAACUGAACAUUUCGCCGGUUCACAAUGUGAACAUUCCCAAAGCCACGGCCACUUUUGGUAUGGGAUGUUUCUGGGGAGCCGAAUCCCUAUAUGGAGCCACUCGUGGGGUCUUGAGAACCACCGUGGGAUACGCUGGCGGCAGCUCGGAAUUACCAACGUACCGUAAAAUGGGCGAUCACACGGAGGUUCUGGAAAUCGACUAUGAUCCCACGGUCAUUAGCUUCAAGGACCUGUUGGAGCUGUUCUGGAACAACCAUGAAUACGGACUCACCACGCCCAUUAAGAGGCAAUACGCCUCCUUGAUUUUGUACCAUGACGAGGAGCAGAAGCAGAUAGCCGAAGCCUCCAAAUUGGAGGAACAGGAGCGUCGGGCCCCUGAGAUUAUCACCACUGAGAUUGCUUCGAAGGAGAACUUCUACCCAGCUGAGGCCUACCACCAAAAGUAUCGGUUGCAGGGCCACAAGGACCUCGCCACCUCGCUGAAUCUCAGCCCCAAACUGCUGCAGACCAGCUAUGUGGCCACCAAACUGAAUGGCUAUCUGGCCGGAGUUGGGGGCAUCGACCAGUUCAGGGCGGAAGUGGAGACCAUGGGUCUUACGCCAACCCAACGCCAGUACUGCAAUUACCACGUGGAGCAAAACGAGGGUCAGGGUCUCUACUGCUGACAUGGUCGAAUUUGCAUAGACGUUAAGCGUAGAUCAUACACCUAGGGGGGUAAUUUAAUCAAUAGUUUGCUUGUUCAAAACAGAUUGUGUAUUAUGUAGCCAUAGGAAAAUAUAUAAAAGCGUAUAUUUUAUUUUAAUAAAAAAUAUCUCAAACUAAA